AUGGAAUUUAAUAUGAUGUAUUCAAGAAUUCCCACUUUAAAAUGUAUAAUCAAAUAAUAAAUUAAUUAGAAGCAGAAAGUUCCUUUUAGAGAUAUCGUAAUCCUUUAAAUGAAUUUCAUAACAAAAGUGAAUCUAAUUCAUUCGAACACAAAUAAAGUGAAUUUCCUAUACCUAUAAAUUAAUAUAUGUUUAUAGCUUCAACUCCUAUAUAUCCAAUAUUAGGUAAUUGCUUUAAUAAUUUUAAGGUGAACAAAAGUAUGAAAUGAUAGAUCAAUCUAAUUUUUUUCAUAAAAAUAAUAAUCAAGUAGAAUUAAAUAAUAUUGAUAAAGAAGCAGAAUAUAAGCUAAAUAUAACUACUUUUGGAUGUAAAAAAUUAUGCCAAAUUGAUUGUUUAUUAGUUGAAAGAUAUUUCAAUAAAAAAUAUUAGGUAUAGAAAACAUUCUAUAAAAUAUAAGAUAUUUCUUUUAAUAUUUUUUUACAUUCAUUUUUGCAACUUUUCAAAAUUUAAUAACUGAAUUCCAAAUCUCUUACAAUUAUUAGUUUUGGUAUUUUAAAUAAAUUUUUUUUACAUUUAAAAGAUAAAUUUACACUAUAAAUCAUUAAUAAACUUUUCAGUAAUUGUAUUUAAAAAUGCCAAUUAAAGUUAUAAACUUGA